UGAAGUCAAAACCACCGAAAAGACUGUAUCGUGGUUCGUGACCCAUCUGCCGUUACGCCAGAGAUUUUAAGUUACUACUCAUGGAUGUUACAGGCACUGUGUGGAAACAGACUGGCUCGCGGUGAUAGGAAACGGCUAACUUACAACCAGAAGGAAGACUCGUCUUUUUGAAAACAAAAUGGAGGGUUCUGAAGAAGCCAGUAUCUGUGAGAGCGUCUUAGAUUUGUCCCGUUUGAAUCUGAACGACUUGAGUACGGACACGAUCAGCGAGAAACGACGGAGAGACACGAAACAACUGUAUCUGUGUUAUAACAGGAUCACGGUGCUACGGGACUCCAUAUGUUCAUUCGCUAACCUGGAGUUUCUGGACAUCAGCAACAACGCGCUGUCUGUCAUCUGUGAGGAUAUCACCCGACUGACCAAACUUAAAACAUUCAUAGCCAAGAACAAUCGCUUAAAUGAGUUUUCUCUGCCGAAAGACUUUGGCUCUCUGCAGCUGGAGGUGUUAAAUUUAAGCGGAAACAGAUUUGAGGAGAUGCCGAGCCAGUGUUUGCAACUGCAACGACUCCAGUCUCUGUCAAUGGGGGGAAACCGACUGAAAACCAUCCCAGUUGAGAUAGAUAAUCUAACAAGCUUAGAGCUGUUAUAUUUAGGAGGUAACCAGAUCUCCUCCAUCCCUGUUGAACUCUCCAACUUGCCGUGCCUCGGUUACCUGGUUCUGUGUGAUAAUCGGAUCCAAAGCGUCCCUCCUCAACUUACCAGACUCCAUUCCCUGCGCUCUCUUAGUCUGCACAAUAACUUGCUGACAUAUCUACCAAGAGAGAUCCUGAGCCUGGUGCAGCUUCAGGAGCUCAGUCUCCGUGGCAAUCCCUUGGUCGUGCGCUUUGUGAAGGAUAUGACCUACGACCCUCCAUCACUACUAGAGCUCGCUGGUCGAACUGUUAAAAGCAGGAAUCUUUCAUACUCGCAUCAUGACCUCCCAAACCACCUGGUCUAUUACCUGGACAUGGCCAGCAAGUGCCCAAACCCCAAAUGUGCAGGUGUUUACUUCGACUCGUGUGUUCGUCAUAUCAAGUUUGUAGAUUUCUGUGGCAAGUAUCGCUUGCCCCUGAUGCACUACCUGUGCUCUCCAGAAUGCACCUCACCCUGCAACUCCAACCCUCAGAGCGACGCCGACUCGGACGAUGACAACAGUGUGGCUGCUGAUCGGCUUCAGAGAGUUCUGCUGGGAUAACGUGGCUCAUCCUUCGCUGAUCUCUUCCCCUCUCUUCCUCAAAACAUUAUCAGCAAGGACAUUUAACUUUACAACCUCUCAACCGAAGCCAAAUCUGAUUUCCAAGUGAGUGAGCAAGUGAAAUACAGUGGCAUUCUGACAAAGACAUCUGCAGAAAGUUUCUAAAUAUUUUAGGGCUUUGUUUUGAAUUGCAAAAUAAAGAAAAUAACACUGGUAGUUCACAAUAGUUGUUUUAUUAAAUAGUUAUAUUAACUAUAUAUAUAAAAUAAGACUUGGUCAGCUGUUUUUCACCUCCACUUUUGCAAUACAUAGAGGAUCAGUUUAGUUGCUUGUGUAUUUUUACACAAGAGUUUGCUUUGUUGUCUCUGAUGGGAGUGAUAGUAAAUUUCAAGACAUCAAACUCAUAUUUUUUAUGUAACGCACAAAGAUUUACUGUGAAUUAAGGAUAAAAUAAACCUUGAGAGCCCUAUUGCUUUUUGGGUUUGUACUAGGUGAAGUAAGUAAGUGCCACAAACAGGAAUUACAGAAACAGUGAGGUUACCAAAAAGUUUCCGCCCCAAACUUUUCAUGUGGUACUGCUCAAACAAACAACACAUUGUUUGUUAGCGCACAAAGAUACUAUUUUUGCACUUUUCAAACUGUAUAUGGCUUGUACAAAUUAAGAUUGUUUAAGUGAAGAACACAUUUCACUUUUGGUACUUUUCCAUUACGACUAAUUUCAGCACGAUGCAGCUCGGUUCACUUUACUUUGGCUGGGUUUGCGUUUCCACUGCAGUUAGUAUCGCUUUGAGACAAACAAACGCACAACACAGGAGCAUUGGAGCAGAUUGAUGGAAUGGUGCUCUUGAUUUUUCAACAUGUGAAUGUUUUUCACCGCUUAAAAGUGAGUUUGUCAAUGAUGACGACAUUCGUUUUCUUAAUGGUGCAUGAGGGUAAGCCAAUCUUGCAUUUAGCAAUGACGCUUCUAGUGACGAUUCUUGAUGACCAAUCAGUGAUCUGCAGUGUUACAUGUCACGUUUUAUUAUCGUUUUAUUGGAACCUCAAUAGAGGUGGUACUAAAAAAGUACCAGGUGCUAGGUACUGUACACAGUGUAAAACCCCCCAAAGGUGAACUGUACGGAGCCUUACUAUGCAAUGGAAAAGCGCAAUUUGUUUCUGUUAUUGUGUCUCCAUCCAUGUAGCCCACCAUACCCAGACAGCAGACGCCCCCGAGCCGGAUUCGCACCCGGAGCUGCCAACUUCUGCGCAAAUCCGACCUGGUGUCGUCUGCUGGCUGAGAUUUAUCUUACAGUUUUAUGACCUCAGUAAAAUUAUGCUACACAUCUUUACAUACAGUGAAUAUAGUAAAUGUUGUCAUCUUUGUGUUGAAUAUAACUCAGGAUAUUGUCUGCUGUUGCAAAACAAAAUCCUGAGAUAAACUGUGGCAAAGGUCACCGGUAACCGACAUCACAUUAAAGUGAAUUCUUAUUUAAUUCUUAUUUAGAUUUAAUUGCAUCAACUAAAAAUGUGUGAUAUUGUUACAGAGCAAAAAAAAAAAACACACACGAAGGUCUGUUUUACCUUCUUGCUCUUUAGACAUUUCUGUAUUAUUCACUUACUACUUUGCUUUUGUUUCUUUACAUUUGCUUUACACUCUUAAGGCUAAACCAUUGAUAUUUACUAUGCAAAUAACUAAAACAAUCGUUAUUUCACUGAAUUUGUAAAAAAUUAUAUCUAAUGCUUUUAUACUAAAUAAUCUAUAUGAUAUUAGAUGUAUAUCAGUGACAAUAUAGAAUGUAUUUUUAUUGGAUUUGAAUUACAUUCACUCCUCUAAUGGUUUAUAAACAUGUAUUUGCACUUCUUA